AGUAACAAGUACAUUGUCUCCGCUACCAUGGACUUGGAUCAACAAAAAUUUUUAACAUCAUUAUUACUAGCAAUUAUUGCAAUCUACAUUUACAUAAAAUGGAAAUUAAAUUAUUGGAAAAAUCGUGGAAUUAAAGGUCCACGUCCAUUGCCAUUAUUUGGUAAUUACAUUGAAAUAUUUUUUAAAAAAUUAACAGUCGGUGAGACUGUAGAUAAAAUAUAUAAAAAAUGGAAAAAUUUACCAUACGUUGGAGUUUACAAGGGCCAUCAACCCCAACUAAUAAUCAAUGAUCUUGAUUUAAUAAAAACAAUAUUAAUCAAAGAUUUUGAUACAUUUUAUGGACGUGGUAUUGUGUUGAAUGAAAUGACUGAUCCUCUAACAGCGCAUUUAUUUAAUAUUGAUGGUCCAAGAUGGAAAGCAGUACGUGCUAAAUUAUCACCAACUUUUACAUCAGGUAAAUUAAAAAACAUGCUUACAAAUAUGAUUGAAUGUUCAAAUGAUUUUGGUAAAUAUCUCGAGAAGAAAAUCAUUGAUAAUAAUGUCAUUGAUUGUCGUGAUGCUGCUGGAAGAUUUUCAACUGAUAUAAUGGGUUCAUGUUGUUUUGGUAUUAAAACAAAUGCCCUAACACAUUCAAACAGUGAAUUUUAUGAAUUUUGUGAAAAAGUAUCAGCAUCAGAUUUUCGUGGUAUGUUAAAAAGAUUAAUACGAGAAAUUCAACCAGAAUUAUUUAAAUUAUUAAAAGUUAAUUUAAUUAAUCCAAAAAUUGGUAAUUUUUUUAUAAAUUCAAUGAAAGAAGUUAUUGAAUUAAGAAAAAAUAAUAAUAUCAUUAAAAAUGAUUUAACUGAUUUAAUAUUGCAAUCACAAAAUGAUGAUAGUGAAUUUGAUGAAUGUUUUAUGAUUGCUCAAUCAUUUAUACUUUUUGUUGCUGGUAUGGAUAUGAUUUCAACGGCUGUAUCACUUGCAUUAUUGGAGCUUGCAAUUGAGCCAAAAAUUCAAGAUAAACUUAGACAUGAAAUUAAUGAAAUAUUGAAUGAUAAUAAUGAUGAAAAAUUAACUUGGGAUGUGAUUAAUAAUAUGAAAUAUCUUGAUAUGGUUGUAUUGGAAACAUUGAGAAAAAAUCCACCAUUGCUAACACUGGCUAGAGAAACAUCAAAGCCAUAUAAAAUACCUGGAACUGAUAUGGUCAUUGAUGAGGGAAUUAAAAUUACAAUUCCGGUUUAUUCAAUUCAUCAUGAUCCAAAUUAUUAUCCAAAUCCAGAAAAAUUUGAUCCGGAAAGAUUUUGUGAUGAAGCCAAGGCACAGAGACAUUCAAUGGCUUUUUGUGCUUUCGGCCAAGGAAAUAAAAAUUGUAUUGGAUUUAGAUUUGCGGGAUAUCCAAUUAAACUUGGCAUUAUGACUGUCAUCAAGAAAUGGCUCGUCAAACCAUCAAAAUUAACUGUCGUUCCUUUUGAAAUGGAUAAAGGUUCAGUGAUUUUAACACCUCGGGAAGGAGUUCAUCUUUUAUUUGAACCUGUUUUAUAAUAUUUAAAAAAUAUUAAAAAAUAUUUAACGAGACAUUAAAAAAAAAAUUUUUAAGUUUAAAAUUAUUUACUAUUAUUGAAAUUUUAUUUGCACUUGCGCAAAAAUAGAAUAAUAAAAAAAAAAUUCGUUACCCUGACGACAGUAUGCAAGCACAAAAGCUCAAUGUUAACGCGGGAAGUAAUAUCCAGAGUUUUCGAGGCGUUUCAAAGGGUUGCAUGUUAUCUAAAAUCACCUCGAAUAAUAUUUUACAAAUAAAUAUUAAAUAAUUAAAUACUAAUCUCUCGAAUAAUAUAAAAUUAAA